UAUAUUUACCAAAUAUUAUUUUUGUUUACUAAGUACUCUAAUGUGCAAAACCAAAUCAUAUAUAAGUGAUUAAUGUGUUAAAAAAUGAUUAACACAAUCUAUUUUCUUUAUUCAGAUGUACCUGUGCUAAAUAGUGUCUGAGUGCUGGCCUCCAGAGACUUUCUACCUGUGUCCAAACUCCUCAGCGUUCUCAUGGCAGCGGCAUUUCCAGGACUUAAGAGUCUUUGUCUGGCCAUCAACAAAAGCCUUUGGAUUACUGGUAAGGCAGGCUCACAGUGCAGCUGCGUGCGUGUACGGGCAGGUCAGAGGAAUGACUGGAGCUCCGGUGGGCUAAGAGCUCGAAAAAAUGCUGUUUGGUGAGAUUGCUGAUUAGGUGGGAAGGAAGGGAGGGAGGGGGGGGGCAGGUGCUGGAUCAUGGAGGGAAACAAAAGGCACACUUUACUUGCUUCAAGGGUAUGCAUCAAGAGUUGUGUAAAAUAUAACAAGAUGAUGUAUGACCCCAAAUCUGAAAAAAAAAAACAGCAAAACAAAAACAAGGCUCUCUUACUUAUUUGGGAUUGGUGGUUCUUUAAUAUUAAGCAACUCCACUUUCUACCUUUUAGACACUUUCCUCUGAGCUCAUCCCUCUAGGACAAUAACAACACUGACAGAAUGAGGCUUCUUGAUUGGCCCAGACAGCAGCCAACCAGAAGACAAGGACUUAGUCACAAGGAAGUGACUUCACCUAUCUGCACUCACCUGAUCCUUUACCUGGCCGAGCUCAGACGCAGCAUCUCAUUACCUUUCCAUUACAAUCCAUAACUGAAGCUCACUGUGUGUCAGUACCUGCAGUCAAGGUGUUUCUGUGUGUUUGGCUUCACAAAGACAAAGAAAAGAAGACAUGGCAGUCGCUAACUUCCACUACAUCACCCGCAUGAGCAGUGGCUUCAAGGUGUACAUUUUAGAAGGUCAGCCUCACCUCAGAAGUGAAGACAGAUACAGACACAUCACAAACGACCGCGCUCGAGCCCCAGCCGUGUAUCCAAUCAAACGCAAGCGCAGCCACGAGAGAGGCCUGACACUGGAGGAAAGGCGAGAGCGGGUGCUGAGCAGAAGUGUUGGUAAAGCCGCCCAAAGAGCAGCACCAGCACCAGCCAUCUUUAACAAGCCACAAAGCCCCACAUCCACCUGGAGUCCAACCCCCAGCCCCACCAGCCCUCUGCCCUCCCAUGUGUACUACACACCAGUCAUGGAUGAACCACUCGCCCUCAUCAAGAAACCAAGAAAAGAUCCAGAGAGCACAGAGGAGAAGGCUAAGAGUCCUGCAAACACUCAAAUCCAGAUGCGUCCCUCUGUGAUCACUUGCGUCUCCUCAUCAAGAAAUCCCUCCUGCAGGUCUGAUAUCCACAGGGACCCCUCAUCAGUGAUUUCAAAGUCAAACUAUGACCACGUGGUCGAGGAACAUUUCCAGAGAAGUCUUGGAGUGAACUACCAGAAAGCCGCUCGCUCCCAGCAGCUCUCAAUCAGCGUUUCAGUCGACGACCACUUUGCCAAGGCGCUCGGAGACAAGUGGCUGCAGAUCAAGUCCAAGUCCUCCUCCUGCUCCUCCACACCUCCCAGCAGCCCGAGUGUUACUCACUCUCCCACCUACAAAGAGUGCACUAGCAGCACAUCACCAACCUCCAGCCACUGGUCUGUCAACUAGAACAGAAUCUUUGAGAAGAAAGUGGACUUUGUGAAUUGAAACAUUUCACUGCGUGCAGCUCUGCUUGUUGGUCAAGAGAAAAGCCAGCGCUAGUAUGGAGAGGGCGAGCUUUCAGAUGCUGGAGUGCUGUCACUUUGGACCGCCGUGUGUCAAAGUUUGAGACAUAUUGAUGCAGACUGUAAUGUAGCACCAAUCAAGACGUCCUUGUUUGUUACAUUUCUCUCCUUAUUGCUUGUGGAUAGCAUCAGAAUAAUGAGAUUCUGUAGUUGGUGACGUGGGAUGGUUGAAAAAUCAUCAGUAAUCCUUUACAUUUCUUCGGUGUGUCAUUCUUAAGUGACACAACUUUACUGUAUUAUAUUUAUGUUCUGAUACACCUGGGUUCCUUACAGUCUAAAUGACUUGCCUAUCUGCUGUAUAAAAUAUGCUUAUAAGCUGUACACAAAACAAAGACUUUUAAAAAAAGACUUUUAAAAAUAAAAACGUCAAAAAAA